AUGGAACACCCCUUUUUCACCUCCGGCACCGCCACCCGUGCGGAGGCCAUCCGGUGGCUCACCAUCGCCGAGAAGCUCCUCUCCACGCGCGACCUCCUCGGGAGCAGGUCCUUCGCCGCCCGGGCGCGCGACGCCGACUCGACGCUCUCCUCCGCCGACGACAUCAUCGCCGUCGUCGACACGCUCAUCGCCGGAGACCGCCGGAUCGGAACCAACCAGCCCGAUUUCUACUCAAUCCUCCGCCUCGCGCCGCCGCAGGGCGCCGACGCCGGCCUCGUCGCCGACCAGUACCGGAGCCUCGUACUCCGCCUCAACCCGCAGCGGAACAGGUUCCCCUUCGCGGAGGAGGCCUACCGCCUCGUCGUCGACGCCUGGUCCAUCAUCUCCGAUCCCGCCAGCAAGGCCCUUUACGACAAGCAGCUCGGUUUUUUCCAGCCGCCCCACCAACCCGACCCGUUCGUCCCGCCUCUACCCGGAUUCCAGCAGAAUUUCUUUUUCCCCAACCCGCCGGUGCAUGGCGGUGAGAGUAGGGGCGUAGCACCGACCCAAUUUGCUCCGGUUCAGCAACUACAGGUACAACAACCGCAGGUCGGGCCGGCGGUCGGCGGCCCGACCCGUGAGCCUCAGAAUUUCAUGGGCUUACAUUCGGGUUCUAAUAUUGCCUUCGGUUCAAUGCCCACUCAUGAACCGGUCAAUAAUCCGGUCGGUAAUCAAGAAAAUUAUUCAAGCUUUUCUAGUUUUUAUGUGGCUCCUCCUGCAUCUAGGACAUAUCAUGAGCAAUUGAUUGAUAAUAAUAGUAAUAAUUGUAAAGAAAAACAUUCCCAGCAUGAUUACCCAAUUGCUGGUGAUAAUAGCCCUCCAAGUGUUUGUGAAAAUGUCGAGGAGAAUAUAGAGAAUGUCGAACAGGGCGUAGAGGAAAACGUAGAAAGCGUCGAACAAGACGUAGAGGAAAAUCUCGAAAAUGUCGAACAAGAUAUCGAGGAAAAUGUAGAAAAUGUGGAGAAUGACAAUGAAUUAACUUUCUGGACCACCUGCCCUUAUUGCUAUUACAUGUAUGAGUAUCCUAGGAUUUACGUCGACUGUGCAAUGAGAUGUCAGAACUGCAAGAUGACAUUUCAAGCCGUGGUGAUUCCUUCGCCGCCACCUGUCCCAGAAGGGCAAGACGCGUACUUUUGCUGCUGGGGUUUUAUCCCUUUAGGCUUUUCAAUGGAAGAUUGGAAGAAAAAUAACUACCCUCCCUCAAAAACGGGGCCCAGAUACCGAGGCCCUUGGGUUUACAUCGACGAAGAUGACGAAAAUGACCCUUUUGUCGAUAUAUCCAGUUCGGGCGAGUCCGACAUAGACUGGAAUGAUGUUAGUACUCGAAAAGGAGGGAAUAAUAAAUCGGCGAACGUCAAAAUUAGGAAAGCGGCGGCUGCUGCUGGUGGGACCCACAACAAGCGCUCGAGGAAAGUACUUGUCGAUGAAGGUUGUAAUAAUGUGACAGCUGGCAAGAAACAACACAAUAAUAGGGUUGCAAAGAGUUUCGAGAAGCUGGAUCUGAACGUGGAGUUGAGGAACGAAGCUGAAGAGCCUGCUUUGGGUGCGAAUAAUAAGGAGGAUGAUAGCAUUGAAGGGAGUGGGUUUUUCGAGGGUCUCGAUGAAUUAUUCAGCAAUCUUCCCCCGAUCCUUAAUGGCGUGGCUGAAGAUAAGGUAGUCAAGGUGGCUUGA